UAUAAAUGCGUAUUUAAUAAUCAUGAAGUGUUUGUGUUCAGAUGUUGAGCAUGAAAGCGCAGGUGGAUGUGGUCUGCUGUAAAUCAGUAGGAACUGAUCUGUCCAUGCUGGAUAUUGAGGAUUUCAUCACAGAAAUCUGUCAGCUGAAGAAAGAGGUGGCUUCACUGGAGGCAAAGCUGAGAGAAAGAGGAGACAAACUGAACAGAGAGGAUCUGGAGAAGGUGCGUGUGACUAAUGGGACAGAAGCUCAGGAUCAUGAAUCCACUGAUCAAACCUCUGACAGUAACGCUGGAGAACAGCAGAUGCUGCAGACGCCGCUGAAGAUGUGCUCCGUCAAACUGGUGGACUGCAGGAACCUGAUAGAGAGCAGAGGAGAAGAAACCACCGCAGAGAAAGAACAGAGUAAUGAGGAAGAGCAGGAUGAUUAUUGGAUUGAUGAUGAUAAAGAUGAUGAGAAUGAUGGUAAUGAUGGGACAGAAGCUCAGGAUUCAGUCUGGAGCGUCAGAGAUCAGAGAUCCAGAGACACACAGGACUCAGAGCUCAGCCUCACUUUACUCUGUUAUACUGACGCUCAGGAUCAUGAAUCCACUGAUCAAACCUCUGACUGUAACGCUGGAGAACAGCAGAUGCUGCAGACGCCGCUGAAGACGUGCUCCGUCAAACUGGUGGACUGCAGGAACCUGAUAGAGAGCCGAGGAGAAGAAACCACCGCAGAGAAACAACAACACAGUGAUGAGGAUGAAGAUCAGAAUAAGGAUGAGGAUGAUGAUGAUGAUGAUGAAGAUCAGAAUAAGGAUGAUGAUGAUGUUGAUGAAGAUCAGAGUGAUGAUGAUGAUCGGAAUAAGGAUGAUGAAGAUCAGAAUGAUGAUGUUGAUGAUGAUGACUUCGUUCCUUCAGAUGACAACGCUGGUUCAUCUUCUGAGGGAGAAACUGCCUCCACGUCCAAAGAGCGAUGGACAGUGACGGACUGUGGAAAGACAUUCAGCAAACACGGUCAUUUAGUGAGACAUAAGAAAAAACUCACAGAACAGAAAGAAUUCACUUGCAAGAGAUGCAACAUCAGUUUUCCUACCUUCAAAGAGAGGAAACGUCAUUCAAAAAAGCACGAAGUGAAGAAGGAGUUUCGCUGUGACCAGUGCGGGAAGGAUUUUUUCACCACUCCUUAUAAUAUGAAAGUUCAUAUGAAGACACACGAGGAAAAGUCUUUCCAGUGCAACGAAUGUAACAAGUUUUUCCGCAGCAUUAGUAAUCUUUCUAUUCAUAAGAGGAUCCACACGGGUGAAAAGCCAUACACGUGCCCUCAAUGCGAGAAGAGCUUCACCCAGAGAACGCAUCUGAAGAACCAUCUACUCAUGCACACCAACGAGAGACCGCAUCAGUGCCCUCACUGCGAGAAGAGCUACAACGUCAGUUCAGAUCUAAAGAAACAUGUACUCAAGCAUAGCAAUGAGAGGCCGCAAAACCGUUUACUCACGCACAGCAAUGAGAGACUGCAUCAGUGCCCUCACUGCGAGAAGAGCUUCAGUCUCAGAUCGGCUCUGGAAAAACAUGUACUCACGCACAGCAGUGAGAGGCCAUACAAAUGCAGUGAAUGUGGAAAAACCUAUAAAAACUCAACUUCUCUUAAGGCACACCAGAAAAUACACUCUGACAAACCACCAUAUCAGUGUUCACACUGUGAGAAACGUUUCCAUCAUUCGACUCACCGAAAAACCCAUGAGAGGAUUCACACCGGAGAGAAACCGUACCUGUGCUCUGACUGCGGGAAGAGCUUUGCUAGUUCAUUUUCGUACAGGAUUCAUCGGAGAGUUCACACAGGAGAAAGACCGUAUUCCUGUAGUGAUUGUGGGAAGAGUUUUUAUAAGCCAAGUGACUUAAAAAUACAUCGGAGGACGCAUACAGGAGAAAAACCUUUUAAAUGCUCACAUUGUGCCAAGACUUUUGCUCGAGCAAGUGCCAAGAAUGUCCAUGAGCGACAUCAUACAGGAGAGAAACCUUACCGCUGCUCCAUCUGCGGCGAGAGAUUCGCUUUUAUAUGGGGUUUUCAGACCCACCAGAAGAAACACGCUGCCCCAGAAUCAUAGUGAAGGAGUGGAAUCCUGAAGACAUCGCGACCUUCAUAAUGUAUAUAUUUGUUUCUUCUUGAAUAAUUAUUAAUCAAAGUUACAUUUAUCCAUGUUAGAAAAUAAGUUGAAUAUGGCUUUAGUCUGCCUUUUUACUCUCUAAGAAGCUGCUCUCAUUUUGUGCGUGUAGUGAACCAUAUUUGAUCAGAUUCAGGGCAGAGCCCGGCAACCUUGAAGUACAGAUAAGUGUUCUCUGCAUAUGUGUGCGAGUGUUUGUAUUUGCAGCUAGAUGCGGAGACAGCCCUAGGAGGAAACCGUCAUUUGCCGUCACCCUAAUGUCCAGGGUAUCCGAUAUACGUCUCUGGAGAGACCUAUUGCGUCUGACCUCUGAUCACUUGUCACCAAAAUAAUCACUAGAAGAUAUGCUUCAAGUUUUACGUCCAUGUGUGGAGAUUUUCUGUAGUGUAUCUAUGUUUCGACUAACCAGAAUCUUGCUUACCUAUGUAUUGACGUAAUUAGUGAUCUCUGUUAGAGUAUAAUUACUGUUGUUUCAAUUAUGUAAGCAGAGCGGCCUACAAACUCCAUCUUGAGUAUUGAAGCCGACUUCUGCGGAUGAAACUGUAAACUAUUUUCUUCAGUAAAUUUUUCUUCAAAUGGCAUCUCUGACUCCUGGUCUUCAUUCAACACACCUGGUCCUUGGGGUUUAACUG